AUGAAUGUGAUAGCGGGAAAUGUGAAAAAGACCGGCGAAGAGAACGACCACAUAGGAUGCCAAAGUCAGCAACGCAUGUUAUUUCUGACCAGAUCGACAAAGAUCGGGAACACGAGCAAGUCGAUAUCCGUAUAUAGCUGUCUGGUUACAAAUAGAUUAUGCCUCCUGACCAUUGUGACGCCGGGACGAUCAAGAGAAGUCGACGAUUGA